AUGUCGACCGCGGAGUCGACCACGUCUUCGCCGCUCUUUCGCCUUACACCCGAACUGAGAGAAAAGAUCUUCGAAUAUGCUGUGAUCUCUCAGGUCACAGUACCACAGAACACGACCAUUAUGGAGCCUGGGUUACUGAUGGCCAGCAAGCAAGUUCGUGCCGGAACGGUCGUAAUGGCACGUUCACCCUUCUCCAUCUCAGCAAGAGCACAAGAGCGAUGUGACAGAUGCGGGAUGGUGUUACGCUGUCGACGAGAUGACGGUGUUGCUAUACCGCCUUCCCCGCCUCAGUUCUACAAGCGAAGCACAUUCGCAGUCGACAUUUCGGACUGGGAUGACAGAACCGCCUAUCACGUUCACGGUCAGAUCAGGAAGUAUUCCGGCAGUCCGUUCUUCAAUCAGCGCCACUACGCACCGUCGCGGGCUCCGCAUUGGCCAAACUUGGUACGGUCACUGAAGAGGCACCACGUCGGCAGUAUUGGAUUCGAGGGGUCGGUCUCACCAAAAAGUGAUGAGGCGUCCUCUGCAACACGUGUCGCGGUCGACGUCCUGUUCAACAUGGUCGCAUUGCUAGACGCCCUGCCAUGGAGCGAGCUGAUUGAGAUCCUGGAGCAACAGAGGAGGAAUUUCGUGAAGAUCAACAAGCGCUGGGCUGAUGACAGAGGAGAAGAUGCUGGGGCGGUGUAA